AUGAAUUUCCCUACAUUUUCAGCAGACUUUUUGCCUAAACCAUCAAUUAUCAGAUUAAAUGAAGGUAACCUAGCUGCACCUGUACCAAAAAUUAUAUCCACUAAGGAAAUUUCCAAGAACAUAGCUCAUAGUGUUACUACUAGUAUUAAUACUACAAUGGAUCGUAGUUGUAGUAGUAAUACUAGUAGCAGUAAUAGUAGUAGUAGUAAUACGGAGAGAUUGGCUUCGAUGUGGAGAGAAGUUCAAGGGUCAAAUAACUGGGAAAACCUAGUAGAUCCAUUGGAUUCUCUUCUCCGCGAGGAGAUUAUUCGAUAUGGAGAGUUUGUGGCUGCUUGUUAUGAUGCAUUUGAUCUUGAUCCAAAUUCAAAAAGAUACUUGAAUUGCAAGUAUGGGAAGAAGAGGAUGUUAAGAGAAGUAGGGUUGGGUGAUUCAGGCUAUCAAGUGACAAAAUACAUAUAUGCCACUCCAAAUAUUAAUGUCUUCCACAUUGGUGGCAAUAAUAUUGGCUCAUCAUCAUGUGGGAGAUGGAUUGGUUAUAUUGCAGUAUCAAAUGAUGAAGAAACAAAGAGACUUGGUAGGAGAGAUGUGCUUGUUACUUUUCGUGGAACGGUCACUAGCCCUGAAUGGAUAGCCAAUUUGAUGAGCUCAUUAUCUCCUGCUCGUCUUGAUCCUCAUAAUCCGAGACCUCAGGUUAAGGUUGAAGCUGGAUUCUUGAGUUUGUACACAUCAAAUGAGGGAGAAAAGUUUGGCCUUGAAAGUUGUCGCGAACAAUUACUUUCUGAGGUAGGGAAAGUACUAAACAAGUACAAAGGGGAGGAAAUGAGCAUAACUUUGGCAGGACAUAGCAUGGGGAGUGCAUUGGCCCUAUUGCUAGCCUAUGACAUCGCAGAGUUGGGCUUGAAUCGUGACAGGUUAUCGAACAAUCACAUAACAGUACCGGUGACGGUUUUUUCCUUUGGAGGGCCAAGAGUUGGAAACUCUGGCUUCAAAGAGAGAUGUGAAGAGCUAGGUGUAAAAGUUUUGAGAAUAACAAAUGUAAAUGACCCUAUAACAAAACUUCCUGGGGUUUUUUUGAAUGAACAUUUUAGGGUUUUGGGUGGGUGGUAUGAGGUACCAUGGAGUUGUUCAUGUUAUGCACAUGUUGGAGUUGAAAUCUUGUUAGAUUUUUUCAAGAUGCAUAAUCCUUCAUGUGUACAUGAUUUAGGAACUUAUCUUAGUUUGCUCAAGUGUCCUAAAAGAUUGCAAGUUCAAAGAGAAGAAUUAGGCAUUGAUUUCUUCAAUAGAGCAAAGGAGUUUGUCAUUUCUGGAGCUCAAAACUUCAAUGCCUUGCAAUUGAAAAAUGCUGCCAUGAAUAUGGUGAACUUGGUUCAGUCCCAAAAGACUUAA